CGGAUAUAGUUAUGGAUUCAACUUCCGAUGAGCAUUCCGUGUGGGUCCGUUCCACCGGAUUCGAUGGAGCAUGGGAGGAAUUUGAAGACCGCCCUCGUCUGUGACCGGAUGUGGCUCUGUAUGCUUGGAUGCCCUUUUGUAAUGUAGUCGGCUAGGCAAUUAAUGUAUAUCCCGAUGAGCGAAUGUAAAUCGAUGCAAAAUAUGUUGUUCUGGCUGGAAUAGUCCUAGUCCGAGAGAAAAAGCAUUUGCCAUGUUUGCAGACAUCACGUGGUGAUUGUGGAUUUAAUUUAAUGAGAGGUGGGGCGAUCAAUCCCCAACAGCUUCAAUCGAUCACCACGCUAACGCUUAUUUGAGUCUCAUACAUCCAUCCCCCAUCCUCUUUUUCUUUUCCAUCUCAAAUUUCAUCUGGAUCGACAUCCACUUGACCAAUUUGACCUGUCUCUUGUUCGGAUUUGACCUAUCCCUUUCCGAGACCCUUCUGGGGAGGAACCAGCCAUGGCAGGUGACGACAAUUCAAACCGCGACAGAGACCCUUCCGCGCAGAGCUCCCAACUGUGGCCCGAUGACGACAAUCCGUUUGUUGCUUUCCGUCGCUUUGCCGACGAACAGAUUUCCUCCAUGUUACAGUCAGUAACGGGGCUGCCAUCGAUGGUCACUGCCCCGCCACCCGACCAUUGGUCGAUUUUCGCAGACGACAGAUACUACAAAGACGCGCAUACCCGCCAAAGACAAAGCGGUGACGGUAAAGAAGGAGACCAUUAUGCGGAGUCGGAAACCGGCGCAUCUUCCAAGUCGACUGAUAAUUCACCAUCGCGGUCGUACUGGCCAGGAUCAGAUGAACAUUGGCAGUCCCAUCGUACCAGAAGACAGAGUCCACCUCACGAUCCUUUCGAUAUCGACUUCUUUUUCGAUUCCUUCUUCGACAAGUUCUGGUUUGACGAUCGCGUUUCUUCCCGCUUCUUCCACCCGUACAAUAGGCCCCUGUUCUCAGGCAUGAUAAAUGAUGAAUCUCCGACCUGGCCUGUCACCUACCUCAUGUUCAGUCCUUACUCCCCUCUGCAUUUAGAACGUCAGGCACAAUAUCGGUCUAGUCGCGAACACGGAGUGUUCUCGUCUCUCAUGUCUACUCUGAACCUUUCUACUGAACAUGAUCCUGCAGAGCCCCAGUGGCGGGAGGCUUUUGAGGAUCUUUUGCGACUCGAAAACGGAAAGCCGAUGCUCGACAGGGACCCUGCAGACGUCAGUAAGAGGGAAUCGGGGAAGGACUGGUUGCAGGGGCUGGUCAAACGUGGUAGUCUUGGGGAUCGUUUCAAGUAUAUCUCUGGAACAGAAAGCCGACCCUGGUCGACUAUCACGUUCGAUAAUUCGAAGAACACGGAAGAUGACCGCAGUCUGGCCGAAGAGAAAGCUUUGAGCAAUAGUGCAAAGGCAGAAAUUAGUUGGGAUGAUGCUGAGCCUGACUCAGUCACAGAGCUAGAUAUGUACGAACGUUUCCUUGCGGACAUUGAAGCUCGUGAGCGGGAGUUCUUCAAGGAUACACACGAAAGCCCUCUCUUACGCCUUCUCUUUGAAGACAGAUACAGAGCCGCAGAUAACAGAGCAUCAUUAAAGAAAGCAAACCGGAUUGAAGAUACCGAAAGCAGCCUAGGCCAGGUGCCUAGCGAAACCCAAAAGACUGUCUCAAAGACAGACUCUCAACCGGCCACGGAUGCAUCUCCUGCGGAGACCGACAAGUCAGUGGCCGAGAAAAGUCCAUACGUCAUAUCCACCAAAACUUCAACAGAGCGUAUCCGACUACCUGAUGGAUCAAUUCAGACAAAGACUGUAAAAACUCAGCGGUUCGCAGAUGGCCGCGAAGAGAGCAAUGAAUCUGUCGAGGUGGUCAAUCCUUCGCAGGUCAGUCGGGAACCCACUAGUCCAGAGGGAGCCCGGUCUGAUGAGAAACCGAGCGGCUGGUUCUGGAAGCGCGAAUAGAUCGAGAGAUCUUAGCUUUUUGUCGUUUCAUUCCUCUGAUCAUACUUUUUUUUUUUUCACACUACUCUCCUUUACCUACUCGUUUUUCACCCCUUUCCUAUGUCUUGUCUGCUUAGCGCUGCGUCUUCCCAAUUGGCGUCUUGUGAAUUAUUGUUAUCCCCUUUCUCAUUAACUCACUAGCAA